CUGGUCUUGCUUGAACAUUAUCUUGUGAUUUUGUUGCUGCUGCUGUUGUAUUUGUGAAAAAUAAAAAAGGCAAAAUAACUUCACAUUGCUUUCAGGCUUGAGGGUCCUGUUCCUGAAAGUAUUAAUUCCUUCAUAUUCUUUCUUCACCUAAAAAUAGCUAAUUUCUCUAUAUCACUCACAAACAUCCUUCAAAGAAAUACAUGGAAAAAAACCAGAGAAGUUUCAGGAAGCUGCUGCACCUGCAAGUGUAAAAUGAAGCAUAUGGGCAUUGCAGAUGGGCAACUUUCACAGCAUAAACUGUUAUUUUCAUUGUGUUUUUUGCAAUUUUUAUUCUCAGUAGCAUUCUGUCAGUCAGGGUUAUACUUAUUUGUGUGUACAGGAUAAAAGAGAAGACAGCAGGAACUGUCUAGCAUUCAGAGCUGCAGAGAUGAGCUAGUUCUUUGAUCGUUGCAUGACUUGUCUAGAGCUGAUACUGUGAGCAAACACUUACAGUGGUUUUUACCCAUGCAAAAUGACUAUUGCUACAGUUAGCAUCUUAAAACAGUCAAACUGGUUUAAGACUGCCAGAUAUAAUAGCAAGCCACAAAGUCUAAUCUGCCCUAGUAUUAAUAAUAAAUGCUUUAUCAUCUGUGAUGAUUGUUUAUUUUCACCAAAAAAUAUUAUUUUAUAAAUAAAAUAUAGUGUUAAGCAGAAUGAAUAGCAUAAAGAACUGCAUUUCUACCACUACGAAAAAAACGCCAUUAUGUUAUGUAACCAAAAAAUCAGUUAUCUUUGGCACUUAACAGUGUCUUUAACUCAAAUAAGUACCAUCCAGCUGUCUAAUAAACUUCUGAACACACUAAGAUAGAAGUUUUAGUAAAAUAAAGCUGGAAACAUAAUGCACUUCCAAUGUUUUACUUUGACAACCCAAAUCCUUUCAAAAAUACUAAGACGUUUGUGCAGAACAGCCUUUUAUUAAUUCAAAGACUCACAGCUUUUCUUCUGCAAUCUCAUCCCUGUGCAGAGCUCCAGCAACUUCACUGAGCUGUAUUUUGUAGAGGGUUCCGCCUUUGUGGUUUGGGUUUACCUUCAGCACAAAUACAAGUUUAGAAUUUCUUGUGAAGCUUGUUUUCUCAAUGUCGGCUUUCCCAUUCUACAUCAUCCUUCCAACUCUUUGACUUGUGUAACAAGAACCCUUCUGAAGAAGGACAGAAGAAAUGUAUGAUCAUAGUUUUUAAAAAAGAUGUAUCGCCACAUUGCAGAAGUUCUAAAAAACUGGCAAGCGGAAUCUCUCGAGAUCGUACUGGCAUAGAUCAUAGCAAAUAAACACGUCAGCCAACACCUGAUGAGUGGGAAUGUAUGCAGGAUUCUUAGUGGUAGCAGGGCACUAGAUUUGAUGUCAGCCCAAUCUUUAUGCCUGUAAUUGUCACACAUGUUUCCUUAGCUGCUAUUCUGUAAAGACUCGAGCUUGUGUGCACCCAGAGAGCUUCACGGGACUACACAAUAUGGGGAAAAUGCAAUACUUUUGAAUAUCACAUAGUGCAUACUGCUGAUGGCAGCAGCCAAGCAGUCUGAACACACUUUAGUUCCCUUUUCCUACACCACUUCUUGCCUAAUAUCCUGAAGAGAGCAGUUCUCUCUACUGUUCAUGAUAAUGAAAACCACAAGCGACAUUCUUAUGCAAACCCUCUGAGAGAAGCAGAACUCCUCUUAGUGAACAGACCAGGCUGUUAAGGUGAAACACCCGUGGAUUGUCACAUUGAGGGAGCUAGUUUUUCUACCUGUAUCAAAAUACUGGAGACCUUUGGGAUAUCCAGCGUAGGAAGUCACGUUUGAGGUUACUCAUGGAAAAAUUUGAGAAGGGUAGUGAAGACAGAGAGGAUGAUCCUGCUCAAAGUCAACCCUUCAAAAUCCCAAGAGAAGAAAUUCCUGAAGGAUUACAACAGGAAAGGAAAGCAGCAUUUGAGAAACUAGCAAGUCAAGGAAAUGCACUGUGUACUCCAGGACCCAGUACCUCUCAUGAAACUGUUCAUCCUAAGCCUCCUCUGGCAGUCAAGCCUUCAACUGAUGACAAAAGAGAGCAUGAUCCAAAGCCAUCACAUUUGAACCCAGUGGCACAAAGGUUUGGUGUUCAUCUUCAGCCAACUAACAGAGAAAAUUAUGGAAAAACUGAAUGUACUAAAUUCCCCAUCAAAACCUGUGACUCGGCAAAAGGAGACCCAAAGCCUCUAUGUCCAAAACCUGCAAGGAACAAGUUCCCCAGCUCUGUUCCUCGUGAUAAAGAAGAAAAUACUCUGGGAGCAAAACCAAAUUCAGAUUUGGCAUCACAGAAGAGUGAGGCAAAACCAGCAUUUCCAAAAGUAACUGGAAUUAAGAAAAAGUUAAUGUCUGCAGCACAGGAAAAUGCACCCAAGCCUUCACUCUUUAAAAAACCUUCUUUUAACAUUGAGGUCUCUAACAAUUCAGACACUUCUAAUACAUGUGGUUCUCUUCAAAGUAGUCUGUCAGGCCCUAGAACAAAUACACACUCACUUAAGAAAGUAAAGGAAAUGAGUGAAAAUAACUCAGCUGCAGAAGCUGCAGGCAGUCAUCUUCCUAAAAUAUCUCUGAAGCCUACUGGCCAUUCGCAGUGCUUAUUUCAAGCCACUUCAAAAAACGUGGAGGAAGAGACUGAAGAAAAGGGAAUGAGUGUUACCAAGACCACCAUUGCCAAGAAAGUCAACCAGGAAGGAUCAGAUUCUUCUCCUAAGUUUCAUAAAAUCAAUACAGCACUUGGUGCAGAAAGGUCAUCAGAUGAAUCACAAGAGAAAGAGGAUUGGGACAGGAGUUCAAGAUGCCCCAGGCAAAGGGUUUGGGGCCCAGAGGUCAAGAUGGCCCCGAACCCACCAAAGCCCAACAGACCCCCACAUGUGGAACUACGAGGAUACCAGAAGAGUGCCCCAAAAAAGACAGCUAAAGGUUUGAAACUGACAGCACCUUCCUCAGCAGCAUCUGCCCCACAGUUUCCACCUCCUCCACCAAACUCUUACCCAGCCCUGCAGGUUAAGGCAGCUCCCAGUCUGCCUCCCAGAAACAUCAAGCCCAGCUCUGAAACAAGAAAUCCAGAAAAUGAAGAAAAUUAUGAUGAUGUGGAAUUUGUUUCACAGGGUCAUGGAAGUACACAGGGGGGCCAAAAAAGUGAUGUAGAGAUGUAUGAAGAUAUAAAUGACAUCAGAUCAUCAAGGGAAAAAGAGAAGAAGCAGAACAAAGAAGAUAAGAGAAGAAUGGAACAAGAGAAAAGAGAACAAAAGGAAAAAGAAAAGAAAGAACUGGAAUUAAGGAAGAAGUUCAAAUUAAUGAGACCCAUUGAAGUUCUUCAUCUGGCACGAGCUUGUGUUGACUACAAAGGGGGGAAGAAUGAACUGACUGUCAAAGAGGGGGAUAAGAUUGAAAUCAUUCGCCUCACAGACAACCCAGAAGGAAAGUGGCUGGGCAGGAUAGGAGGAUGCUAUGGAUACAUUAAAACAACCAUGGUAGAGAUUGAUUAUGACUCUUUAAAAAGAAAGCAACGAGCACCUACUGGAGCCGAUGUGGAAUUUUCAGAGAGUGACAUGGAAGUGUAUGAUGAUGUUGGAGAGCAGGAGAGCUUGAUGAGCCUAGGUUCUGACAACAGUGGAACUGGAAAUGUGUUCCCACCUCCUCCUUCUAAUCAAGAUAUUUACGAUGAAAUUGAUGAUGGAGAUCCCAUAGGAAGGUCUGUAUCACAGGAUGAAGAUAAGAAUGGUAUCUGGUCCUGGGGAAUCUUGAAGAGGCUAAAGGUCAAAGAUGACAAAAAGAAAAGUAUACGAGAAAAAACAACCAAAGUCAAUGAGGCAGAAGAUAAUGGAAAUUUAUUCACAUCUUCUUCAACAAAGCCGUCUGAAAAAGAUUGUGGAGAGGAUGUGUACGAUGAUGUGGAUUCUUCGGACUUCCCUGCACCGCCGCUUGAUGAUAUUUCAUCAAAAGUAGCAAGCUUUGGAAGAAGGAAAUCAGAUGAAAAAGAUGUACAAAAGCAUGAACAGAUGGAAAGAAAAGAAAAAGAGUUCCGGAAAAAAUUCAAAUUUGUAGGUAGAAUAAAAGUUCUUUUUUCUACUACUGUGGUUCAGAAUUUGCCUAAAAAAAGAUGGGGAUCUAAGGAAUUACGUAUUAAACCAGGAGAGUAUCUUGAUAUUAUAGAAAGCACGGAUGACAACAAGGUCCUGUGCCGCAAUAAAAAAGGAGAAUAUGGCUAUGUCUUGAGAAGCAAUUUAGUUCAAAACGAAGGAGAGAUUUAUGACAAUGUUGCUGAGGACAUCUAUGAUAAUGACUCAGAUGCAUGAUUCUGUUCAACUAAUGACUUAAAUGAAGAUCACCUGUAGUUUGGACUCCUACUUGUGGAAGCUCAAUUACAAAUUAAUUGGUUACACCCCUGUAAAUGUAGAGUUAACUUUUCUUAGGAGUUCAGCCUUUUGUCCUCCAUUGCUUUAAACUACAUUACAUUGCUAUUUAUCUCAGCCAUUAAAAUUCCCUUUAUUGAUGUUUUAAAUACAAUCAAAUACAAUUCGAAUACAUCUCAGAGGAGGGAUAUGGGGAUAUUAAAAAAAAAAACCUGUGGAGAUAAUAGCCUAAAAUCUACUUUUGUACUGUAUUUAAAAUUUCUGAUAAAA